UUUCCUACAUUAUUUACAUUUCGCCCCUUUUUAGAGACUUUGUCUUUUGGUGUUUACAAGUAAUUUCCUUUUUAAUUAUGUGACAAGAAACCCGUUUCGAAAUGGCAGAUGAGGAGGGAAGUUUCUAUAUUGAGCUCUGCAAAAACCCUAUAAGAUUCGACCCAGUAGAUAAAGUUACAAACGUUUUUUAUGACGAUGCCAACAAACAGGUGUUUACAGUACGCUCUGGUGGAGCUGUUGGAGUGGUGGUUAAAGGACCAAGAGAGAAGGACUGCAUUACAUUUAGAAUGGAAAGUAGAGGGGAUGUGACCUCUAUAAAAUUUUCCCCAGACAGACGAAUAUUGGCAGUACAAAGGUCUCCCAAAUCAGUGGAAUUUGUAAAUUUUCGUGAUGACAUGUCAACAGAUCAACUGGAAUACUCACAGACCUGUAAGGGGAAGUCAACAAUUAUAAGUGGAUUUGUGUGGACCUCACCCAAUGAAAUUGUGUUCAUUACUGAUCAUGGCAUAGAAUUUUAUCAGAUAACAGUGGAGAGAAGGACUCUUAAAUGUCUGAAAACCAUCAACAUGAGCGUCUGCUGGUUUGUGUGGCUGGUGGAGAGCAGUUGCCUACUUCUAGCCACUGGUUCUCAAGGGAACCAGCUAAACCCAUUCUUCUUCAGGCCUAGCUUAAUCACUAAGUUGGCCAAAUUUGAAGUGGACUUACCAGCUGCUCAGAAAACAACCAAACAACCUUUGUUAGAAAGAGAUGUCAGCAUGGCAACUAUAUAUGGUCAGUUGUAUGUAAUUGUUCUCAGACAUCAACCUCGCCCUGGUUCUAUUGGAGCUGAAAUUGUUUUAUAUCAAAUUCAAAGAGAGGGCGCUGCUCGUAAGACUGAUGUUAUGAGACUGGAUCUCAGUGGGAGAUUUGCAAUUAAUGUCGUCAACAAUUUAAUUGUUUUACAUCAUCAAGCCUCUAGGACAUCUAUGAUAUUUGACAUCAAUCUGGACGGUGAAUCUGAUGGAUUUGUCAGGUAUCAUCACGCUGUUGUCUCUCCUCUACCCAUCAGACCAUUUAGACUUCUUCUACCCUCACUUGGUAUUCAAGGAGGGCAAAGUAAAAUGGAGUAUAAUUGUGAACUGUAUUCAGCAAACUGGGUUGUUUUUCAGCCCAAUAUAAUUAUUGAUGCCAAGCUGGGCUGUUUAUGGUAUGUUGAACUGCAGUUAGAGCCCAUUGUAACAAUGAUUCCAGACAAGUAUCGCCUGGUCAAGUUCCUGCUGGCCCGGACUGAUAGUAAGCGGGUCAUACUGAGUGUCUGUCGCAGCAUGCUGACCCCAGAGAGUCAGGCUUCUCUGUCCACCAUAUCGAGGGUGCUGGACAUGCUGAAUAAGGUGUACCAGGGCUAUCUGGACUCAGAGAUUCAUGUACUGGCAGGUGAGCAGCCAGCUAGACUAGACCCAGCAAUGAAGGUGGUGAUUGAUCAGUCAGAUAUGUACACUCAUGUCUUCUCCGUGUUUGAGGAUAAUAAGAACAUGAAGUAUAAAUUUAUGGUAGCUGUGCUUAUUGAAUACAUCCGAUCAUUGAGUGAGAAUAACAUCACUGUGCAGCAUUACCUAUAUGAACUGAUCAUCAACAUUUUGGUUCACAAUAACUGCUUCUACCAGCUUCAUCAGUUUCUACAGUACCAUGUACUACAAGACUCUAAACCACUGGCCUGCCUCAUGCUAUCUCUGGAGAGUGUCUACCCUCCCGCUCAUCAAUUGGCUCUGGACAUGUUAAAGAGGCUGUCUACGGCAAAUGAAGAAAUCAUUGAGGUGCUCUUAUCAAAACAACAGCUUUUACCAGCUUUGAGAUUCAUUAGAAGUGUGAACAUUGUGGAUUCUGUAUCCUCCAGAAAGUUUUUAGAAGCUGCCAUGAAUACCGAUGAUGCCAUGUUAUUUUACACUGUGUUUAAAUUUUUUGAACAAAGAAAUAUGAAAAUUCGAGGAAAUCCAAAAUUUCAGUCUGGGGAACAUUGUGAAAUGUAUGUGAAACAUUUUGAGAGCUUGUUUGGAACUGAUGCCUUGGCAGAAAUGCCCCCUGCUAGCUGAGAUGAAUACUCCUUUUCAAUACAUCCACAUGAAAAAUGACCAAUACAAAUCUAUCACUUAAAGUAUUCAGCUGUAAAAUCUGACUGUCUGUAAAGUUCCUAUGAUAGGAAUUUUUUAAUAAAUUUGUAAUUUUAUACAUUUUUAUGUAGGAUUUUUAAAUUUAAAAUAUUUAACAUUGAAUGGAUGUAAUGAAAUAAAUGCCAUAUUAUGAAAUAAUGAUGAUUAAUAU